GUGGCGCAGAUGGUCGGGUUGGACGCCGGCGGGCUCAUCUCCAUGAUCAUACAGGCGGCGGAGACGGCUCACAGGAACAAAAAGAAAUGCGAGCGGCUCGCACACCGUGUCUCCAUGAUCGCCAACCUUCUGCCGCACCUGCAGCUGCAGGACCCAGAGGUGGCGCUGCCGCUGUCCGGGCUGGAGGAUGCCCUCUGGGAGGCGCACCGGCUGGUGCUGUCCUGCCAGGGGAGGAGCGCAGCCUACCUGUUCAUCAUGGCCGGCAGGCAGGCAGAGAGGUUCCGGGACGUCCAGGGAAGGAUCGACGCCUACCUCAUCGUCUUCCCCGUGGUCAGCCACAUCGCAAUUACCCGCCGCCUCGACCAAAUGUGCCACAUCCAGCGACAGCUCUCAGCAAACGUGAGCAAAACAGGGCCAGGCUCCCCUGCAAUAGAACUACUCUCGGCAGAGGCCGCUCCCCCUCCGGAGGUGGAGGACGGGCCGCACAUAUCCGGCGUCGUGGCCAACCUGGAGAGGGUGCUCAAAUUCGCUUGCAGCUAG